GUCUGCAUUCAGACAGUCUGAGGCGCUGUGUGUCUGUGAGCAGUUUACUCUUCGGUUGCUCGUAUUUACGUAGAUUUGCCUCGUUGGAAGAAAAUAAAAGUUUGUGGUAGGUGUUUCUUAAAAAACUUCCCUAUUAAUAUAUUAUUUUUUCCAUUGUCAGUUUUAAAAGUCCGUAACUACCAUCGGGAUGUGCAAAAAAAGCAAAGCCCACGACACGUCCCCGCGAUUCCCGUCCCGUUGUGCAGCGCCGCUGUUUCUCUAUUUUUAUUUAGCUUUUCGCGCUCACUCACUGGACUUGGCUGUAGUGUUUCUCUAAUUUUCCGAACCCGAGCACCCGACAUUUUUGUCAGCUCGAGCCUCGUUCCUGAACCCGCAGGCAUGCCGUGCUGUGUGAGGUAGUUCAUCAUCACACUGGGAGUCCGUCCCGCUGCCGUUAGCUUAGCAGCACAACAAUAGCCUGGCCGUGGUCCUCCUGCCAGGGCUCCGGGCUCCGUGCUCCCCGCACCCGCUGCCGCCACUCGAUCUACCAGCCGCUCGUACCGUACGCACUCGUCUCCUGCAGGUUUGCAUCUGUCUCAUUUGCAGAAGAAGCGACUCAAGUCUUCUGUUGUGUUCAGACGACAUUAAUCAAAAGCUACAUCAACUUACCGAGGUUCAGAAGAAUCACCCUGUGAUGGAGGACAGCAUCAAGUCCGAAGAGAAGCAUGUCAUCACAGCAGGAGUGGUAGAGGAGUCGGUGGGGGCCCUGCAGAACGGUAGCCCACAGCCAGUGAAAAGGGGGAGGGGGCGACCGCUGGGGUCCGUCUCUAAAAGGCCAAAGCCAGUGAAGGUUCCAGGAAAGCGAGGGAGGCCACGGAAGCCAGUGGACCCCUCUGCUCAAGUCAACGCAACUCCUAAGAAACGAGGGCGGCCGUUCAAGGUGAUCAAACGAAGAGGUCGGCCCAGGAAAGUUCCUCUUACCCCAGAAGAAGAAGAAGAGCGAAAGAAGUUGAAAGAUAAACCGAAACGGCCACGAGUGUGGAAGCCUCUGGGGAGACCACGUAUCUAUCCACGUGUGGAGGUAGCAGCGCCGCCUAAGCCUAGAGGGAGAGGCCGCCCACGGAAAGCAGAGUCAAGGCAAGGUGCUCACUUGCGCAAGAAGGAACUGUCCUCCACUGUAAAAUCUCCCAGGGUUUCAUCUGUAGAUGGCUUGCCCCUUAAAAGAGGAAGGCCUCCAGGUUCCACCAAAAUGAAGGACAAACAGCUUCCAUCAGCAAAGAAGUUCGAGAGUGAGACUGAACAAGGUGAGACAAGUUUGCCCCCUACAAAACGCUUCUGUCGCAAAAGCACCAACAUGGAGGAUGAGUCUCUGUGCUCCCAGGUCCAGGAGAAAGCAGCAGAGGUGUUGGUGAAGCACGAUAUGGGGAAAAGCCAGUCGAAACGUGGUGCCAAGCUUCAGGCCAGCAGCCAGAGCACCAGUGCAGUUCCAGAAGAAGAGGGAGCCUCCUACGUGUGCAGCCAAAAUAAGAAUGAGAACAGUGUCUCGGGAAGUGUUGCUGAACGACGUGCAGGUGAGACGGGGAAAGCUGCUAAGAAGCUUGCCAACAGGAAAUGUGUCACAGACAAGAUGGCGGCUUCAGGAAGAGGUGGCAGGCAUGGAAAUUUGGAUCGAGAGAAAACUCAAAGAGGGAGAAGGGCAAAGAAGAGCAGUUUACUGUAGGUGGUGUCUUCUUUUCCUCCUGCCUUUACCAUGUUCCUGUAGUUUAUCAAUUAACCCAUUUUUAUUUCUACUUUCUAAGGCUGCUCUUAGAGACAAUGUGCCGAGUAAACGACUUCCAGUCUUUCAUUUGAUUAUGAAAAUUUUUUGCAACACUAUUAAUGUUCAUGCUUUCUUUUCUUUUUUUUUUUUUUUUUUUUAAAAUCACUUAAUUUUCCCAGCAAAUGUUCAAUGAUCUUGGGAAUGUCAGUGUUUUCUAGCGCUAGCUAUUAAUUUUUAUAUUUUGAAAUAUUUAAAAGGCUAUUCAAGAACAGCUGAACUCAAUGAGGAGUGAACCACAGUUGGUAGUGCAGUUCAAAAUAUGAAGAUUAUACAGUAUUGAGGUUGUUUCUAUUAUUGUCCUUCAUUUUAUUGUCUUCAAACAAUUGUGCCGCCUGAAAUAAUAUAUUCUGUUAAAUUUCAUUUUUAGUAUAGUUGUAACAAAAUGAUUACAUUUUCUAGUUCAGAAAAUGUGAUAUUUCAAGUUGUGAAAAUAAGUAGUACACUUGCUUAUAUGUGCCAAGGAGAAGAGCGUGCCCCCUGUUCCACGACCAGGACAAAAGAUGCAUUGUUUCUUUGAAUCUGUGAGUCUCAGCUGCCAGACGGCGAUUCCUGUCCAGUACAUGCUCUUCACCAGGGAGAAUGACGAGUAUGAUCCGUUGUUGUUGGAGCACAUCCACCAGUCCCCUUUCUUAAAUAUAGGGACCAAUACCUGUACACCACAUUAAUGUAUUGCCAUGCUGCUUAUCCUUGCCACAGCUAUUUCAGGGAGCAUGGGAAUACACUAAUUCAGCCUACCUGUGCUUUAUGGACUUGGAAAAACCAUCUGACCGUGUUCCCUCAGCAUGUGCUACAGGAAGUACUGCAGGAAUAUUGGGAUCCAGGACCACUGAUGUGUGCCAUCAGGUCCCUGUCUGAGUCCAGGAUGAAUUGUGUCCGUAUUCAGUGUUAAGCUGAAUCUGUUCAAUCAAAGUUGUGUUCUGUCUCCACCCUGUUUGUGAUUUUCAUGGACAGGAUAUGAAGAUGCAGUUGAGGUUCUCGGGCGUGUCUGGAUGGGAGGCAGCUUGGGGUGGUGUGUCUGCCAGUAUCCUCUCGGUCUCAUCCUAAUGUAAUGUCCGCUGUCAUACAAGCCAUUUGCUUCUGAGAGUGAAGCAGCUGAUGUGAAAAGCAGCACCUUUAAGUCUGAGGGUAUAGUCCUUCCCGAAAAAUGUUUUCUUCAGGUGAGAGCAGACUGUCUGUCUCUAGCAGAGGAGCUAUCUUGAGGUCUUUUUCAUGCGUGAUGGAAGAACAGGAGAUUGAGAGACGGAUCGGUACUGCAUCAGCAGUUUUGUGGUCACUGUACUAACGUGUGGUGGUGAAGCAGAAGCUGGUGCACUCCACAUCCCUCAUCCUCACCUAGGAUCAUGAGCUUUGAGGAUGACAGAGAAUGGGACUGUGGAUACAGGAGGUCCAAAUGAGGUUUCUCCUGGAUUGCUGUGCUCUCUGCACAUUGAGCUGAGGAGCUUGGCGAUCUUGAAGGGCCUCGGAAUCGCUACUCCUCCACAUCGAAAGGAGGCGUCUGAGGUGAGUUGGGAAUGUCAUGGCUCCUGCUCAAGGUGUACAGGCGUGUCCCAGUGAGAGGAGGCUAGGAGGCAGAAUGCCAGGGGUCCCCCAGCAGGAGCUGGAGGCUGUUGGUGGGGAAAGGAAGGUUUGGGCUGCCUGCUCAUCCUCAUACCACAGUGAUCCUCUGCUGGACAAGCUGGAGGAAACUAAAUGCCUGAUGUUCACAUACCAAACUUGACAGAAAUUGGUCAGUCUGAUGACCAACAAGGAAUGUUACAAACAUCCAAAUCUGUUUUGACCUGUUUUGACCCUAGUGCCGGUACCAGUUUAGAUUUCUGUUUGGAGGAAAUUGCC